AUGCACCUGAUCGAGAGGCCACGGCCGUACCAUCCCCUUAGGCGGCUCGGAUGCGGCCUAAGGGUGGCGACCAGCGUCCUGCUGGUCGUCUCCAUAGGGGUGAGGUUGCUUCUGCUGCUGUUGGAGAGCCUGCACGAUCACACGUCACAGACCAACUGCACGACAAUCUCACCUCCCCCAGACCACGAUUCUGAGGCGGCACUUGCCCCUCAUUGGCUGGUGAAAAGGGCUGCUGUUAACACGACCAACAUGACCAACACGGCGUUGCAGCUACAGGACAACAUAUGGUUCCGUACCAUGACCACUGUGACGAGGCAGCUGACCAACGAGAUCGAUAUGGACACGGAGAAUCAGUUCUGCAGUCCAACUGAAAUGGAGACAGUUGUCAACAGUGAGAGGUGUCAAAAACAUAGCCUGGUGUGUGCAACUGUCUCCCCCUUGGACAAGUGUCUCCAGUGUGUGGGACCUGUGUCCUCCCUCAAGUGGCUUGGCUAUAAAUGCAGAGAACUCCCACAAGAAAAUGUUUGUAAGGUGGAGGAGGACGGGGUUUCCAGUGACCAGCACCUGGAUAACCUGGAGAGGAGCUGCAGCCCGGACCAGGAGGAACCAGGGCAUCCACAGACUACAGAACUGGAGGAAGACUCCAGCGGUCAGGAGAUGAAGCACGAGGACAUAGAGGUGGAUGUCUCAUUGGUCAAUGUCGCUGAUGUGAAAGUUGAAAAUGGUGAACCAGGACCAAACUGUGGCCAGCUGCUGUUGCACACUUCUCCUGAAGCUCAAAGCAAAGAUGAGGAAGGGACUGAAAGUUUACGCUCAGACUCCAGUAAAACUGCAGAUCCGGAGCCAAUGAGACGACACGGUGACCACGAAGAUGCUGCUGUCCCGUCAGACAGCAACUGUAAAUCAAAGCUGACCAGGACCCGCACGAGGAAGAAGGCGUUUUCUUGCAGCACUUGCAGGAAAGAGUUCAGUAAAAAUAGUACUUUAGUGGAUCACAUGAAGAUCCACACUGGCGAAAGGCCGUACCUGUGCAACACCUGCGGAAAAACCUUUACUAAAUCAUCAGCUCUUAAACGGCACAUAAUCACACACACGGGCGAGAAGCCCUACAUCUGCAAAACAUGUGGAAAAAGUUACACAGAACGUUCCAACCUGGUGAUUCACUCGAGGAACCACACCGGCGAAAAGCCGUACCUGUGCAACACCUGCGGAAAAACCUUUACUAAAUCAUCAGCUCUUAAACGGCACAUAAUCACGCACACGGGCGAGAAGCCCGCGUGCGUGUACAUCUGCAAAACGUGUGGAAAAAGUUACAGAGAACGUUCCAAACUGGUGAUUCACUCAAGGAUCCACACGGGCGAGAAGCCCUACAUUUGCAAAACCUGUGGAAAAAGUUACACAGAACGUUCCAGCCUGGUGAUUCACUCAAGGACCCACACCGGCGAAAGGCCGUACCUGUGCAACACCUGCAACAAAACCUUUACUAAAUCAUCAGCUCUUAAAAGCCACAUAAUCACGCACACGGGCGAGAAGCCCUACAUCUGCAAAACAUGUGGAAAAAGUUACAGAGAACGUUCCAAACUGGGGAUUCACUCAAGGAUCCACACGGGCGAGAAGCCCUACAUUUGCAAAACAUGUGGAAAGAGUUACAGGCUACGUUCCACCCUGGUGGUUCACUCGAGGACCCACACCGGUGAAAGGCCGUACCUGUGCAACACCUGCGGAAAAACCUUUACUAAAUCAUCACAUCUUAACCGCCACAUAACUACGCACACGGCUGAGAAGCUUUAUUUGUGCAAGACGUGCAACAAAGGUUUUAGCCGCAAAAUUGAUUUCCUGAGUCACAUGAAAAAUCACCCGGAGGAGAAGUCUGGUGACUCGUGACAAAUUAUUAUUUUUAUUAUUUCGUUUAUUUCGGCAUCUUUAUA